CUCCGUACACACUACAGGAGAAGGUCAGAGACUGCGGACAGGAUAAAGGAAAAGGUCAGAGAUUGCCGACAGGAUAAAGGAAAAAGUCAGGGACCGCAGACAGGAUACAGAAGACGGUCAGAGACUGCAGACAUACUACAGGAGAUGGUCAGAGACUGCAUACAGGAGAAGGUCAGAGACUGCACACAGGAUACAGGAGAUGGUCAGAGACUGCGGACAGGAUAAAGGAAAAGGUCAGAGAUUGCCGACAGGAUAAAGGAAAAAGUCAGGGACCGCAGA